AUGCAGGGAUAUGUGGUUGAAGGCAAAGAAUCUAAUAAUGAUUAUUCUUAUGAAUGGUUAAAGGGCAAUCCUGAAUUAGUCGCAAUUGAAAAAGGAAUAUCAAUCUUAUAUUUCAAUUAAGAAAUGCUAAAAAGAGAUUUAGAAAUGGAAUUUAGAGUAUAUUUAAUUUUUAAAAUAGUUAUAACGUAGAUUAACAGAAACAUAAUAUCACAAUGAGAACCUACAUGAUUUUUAUCCUGAUAUCUAGAAAUUGAAUAGAUAUAAUAACAUAAUACCAUGUAUAUAAAUAAUUUUAUAUACAGUCAAACAUUCAAUUGUUAAACUCAAAUAGGAAGGAGAUGACGAAGACAAUCUUAAAGACACUUAUAUAAAUGCAAAUUUUAUAAAUGUAUUAAUGAUAUUUUUAUAGUAUCUACAGCUUAUUAAUGGUAAGGAGAAAAUGAUUAUUGCUACUCAGGGACCUUUGAAUUAAACCUUUUCCCAUUUCUGGAGAAUGAUUAUUUAAGAAGAUAUCAGUAUGAUUGUGAUGCUUUGUAAUUUAAGAGAGAACUAAAGAGUAAUCCCAUUUUAUAUAAUCUAGACAUAAUGUGAAUAAUAUUGGCCAAAAAAUGUUGGAGAAUCUAUCCAAUGUGGAAAUGUCUAAGUUAAUUUAAUGAAUUAAGAUGAUCUUGGAAAUAAUAUCAUCAAAAGAGUUGUUAAACUAAUUUAAGAAUAAGAAGAAAAGACUGUUGUUCAAAUCUAAUGGUGUGGUUGGCCUGAUUAAGGAGUUCCUUCCCCUAGUGAUUUUGAUGUUAUGAGAGAAUUAUUGAAUAUAAUUCAUGAGAAACUCUUGUCAGAUUAAAAAGUAGUUUUCCAUUGCAGGUAAUUUCUUUCUCUUAUUUUUAGUGCUGGAGUAGGUCGUACAGGUACAUUAAUAGCAUUAGCUAAUUUGAUGAUUUUAUUAAAGGCAUACAAAUAGCAUAUUGGAGAGGAUAACUAAAGUAAUAAUAUUUGGUUAAUUUGUAUUAGAACUUGAAGAGAAUCCAGAACUUUACAGAGUCUCGAUCUUUGGAAUAGUUCGUCGAUUAAGAGAAUAAAGAUGGGGAAUGGUUCAUACUUCAGAGCAAUAUAUUUACAUAUAUAAAUUUAUAGGUGAAGCUAUAAAAUCAAUGUUUAAUUUAUGA